ACAGACAGACCGGUGGAUAUACUACGGUGCGCGCACACACAAACACACACACACACACUCUAGUCUACACACAUUCCACACACACACUUGCAGACGCUCGUGUUACGCGGACUCCACUAGAUUCAGUAGCAGCUGGCGCUGCGAACUCAAGUCAACAAGAGGAAACAUCCACGAGUCGUGACAUCCUCGGAGUCGGCUCCGUUUACACAUCCGUACUCCACUCGCAUACUCAGACAGACAAGGACACUGUCGGGACAGCUUCAGUUUUAGUGUCUACCUUUGCCAACUUUCUACAAACCAAGAAGAAUUGAAACAAAGAUUUUGAUAGUAUUUUUCAGUGCGUGUUGGAGCGCCUAUAUCUUAUCUCUGUGGCAUGUUGUAGCGCACCGCCAGAGGAAGACAGCGACCAUACACGAUGCUGGCUGGUCCCUAGGUCAAGUUCAGUCUGACCCCCACCCCUCACCUUUGACCCCUCACCUCGGAUGGAAGAACGCACCCAUUCCUUUAGGAGGUUGAAGUUGAUGAGUUCCCCCAGCCUCAGUGACCUGGGGAAGAGUGACAAGGCAGCCUUGGAGGAGAGAGGGACACAGCAGAGAAAAGCUGGGGCUAACGCCACCUGGAACAGCAUCCACAAUGCGGUGAUAGCUGUGUUCCAGAGGAAAGACCUGGGAGAGAAUGACCUCUACAUCCUCAAUGAGGGAGUCAGGCAACUACUGAAGACGGAGCUGGGCUCUUUCUUCACUGAAUACCUCCAGAAUCAGCUGCUGACAAAGGGAAUGGUGAUACUGAGGGACAAAAUGCGGUUCUAUGAAGGUCAGAAGCUAUUGGACUCCUUGGCAGAGACGUGGGACUUCUUCUUCUGUGAUGUUCUGUCCAUGCUUCAGGCUAUCUUCUACCCAGUACAGGGUAAGGAGCCGUCGGUGCGUCAGCUGGCCCUGCUUCACUUCAGAAGCAUCAUCACUCUGAACAUCAAGCUGGAGGACGCCCUGUCCCGCCCCCGCGCCCGUGUCCCCCCCUCUAUCAUACAGAUGUUGCUUAUACUGCAGGGUGUCCAUGAGUCUAAAGGAGUGACUGAGGACUACCUGCGUCUGGAAGCUUUGGUUCAGAAGGUGGUGUCUCCCUACCUGGGAACCCACGGCCUCUACUCCAACGACGGAUCCUCAAUGCAAUACUCCUCCUGCGUACUGGAAAAGCGUCUGCAGCGGCGGUGGCCCAAGUCAGGCGACGCCCCCGCAAAGAACCUGGUAAUGCGCUCCAAGUCCUACAACGUGCCCAUGUUGACGCCUGUGGUGGAGUACGAUACCGAGACAGGCUCCGUGAGCAGCAUGGGCAUCCGCCGCCAUUCCGUCUGCGAGAUGACUUCCUGUCUGGAAGAAGGCGCCAUCAACGACAUCAGCACCACUUCCUCCCUGGCCUCCGCGGCCCAGUCGGGCCUCUCCUCCCUGGAGCAGGAGCACAGCCUGACAGGGGUUGUUUGUGGUGGAGGUGGUGGAAGUCUGGAUCUCUGUGGGUCUGUGGGGUCUGAGUCUUUGGAGUCCCACCUCCAGCCCUCCAUCUUUCAGGACUCCCACUCCCCAGGACCCUUCCUCCACGGCGGGGGGGAGUCGACAGUGUCCCCCUCUGUUCUGUGUCAGGUCCACUCUGGUUCGGAGACGGGCUCGAUCCCCAGCUGUUCCUCCAGCCCGGAGACAGUGGUAGAUCAGAUACUGGACUCUAUGGACUCUGACCCUGAUGGCAUCUUCAUAGACUUCUCCCACCACAGCUGCUCAGACUCUUCAUCCUCUGGUUACAGCAGGGAGAGUGGUAGACAGAGUGUGGUGUAAUUUGGGGUUUCUGGGAACUUUUCCCUAAUCCCAGUUGGAUGAUCUUAGAUUGCCUGUUUAUUCACUACUGAUUUCUGGAAAAUCUGUGACUAGUGAGAAAGUGUCUGGAGAUUUGCAGCUGUAGGUCUGAUGGAUCUCAAGAGAAUAUCACACCUACUGGCGCCAGCGGUACUCCACUCACACCGUCGUCUCUAAAAACACACCGCUCUUUCUCGGGUCUAUUUUUCACGGAAUAUUUCUACAGUAAACUCCCUUUUAUUAUUAUUUUUUUUUUUUGUGCUUGAUUUUCACUUCUAGUUCUUCGUUUUGAGGAUAAACUGUACUUAUUUGUAUUUUUUUGUGUUUGUAUUACUGACUGACAACUUUGAAUCAGUCUGAGGUGCCUCUUCAAGUCUUGUGAAAGGCCCAGUGGAAAGGAAACCGUUUGAGGUGCCUCUUCAAGUCUUGUGAAAGGCCCAGUGGAAAGGAAACAGUUUGAGGUGCCUCUUCAAGUCUUGUGAAAGGCCCAGUGGAAAGGAAACAGUCUGAGGUGCCUCUUCAAGUCUUGUGAAAGGCCCAGUGGAAAGGAAACAGUUUGAGGUGUCUCUUCAAGUCUUGUGAAAGGCCCAGUGGAAAGGAAACAGUUUGAGGUAUCUCUUCAAGUCUUGUGAAAGGCCCAGUGGAAAGGAAACAGCCUGAGGUGCCUCUUCAAGUCUUGUGAAAGGCCCAGUGGAAAGGAAACAGUUUGAGGUGCCUCUUCAAGUCUUGUGAAAGGCCCAGUGGAAAGGAAACAGCCUGAGGUGCCUCUUCAAGUCUUGUGAGAGGCCCAGUGGAAAGGAAACAGUUUGAGGUGUCUCUGUGAAAGGCCCAGUGGAAAGGAAACAGUUUGAGGUCUCUGUGAAAGACCCAGUGGAAAGGAGAGAUCAAUCAGACCUAGCUGGGCUCUCUGGGAUGACCCCCACCUGGUUCACCAGAGGUCAUGAGUUCAUUGCUUUCUCAACAUGUCUCUUGUUCAAGAGGCAGUGCUGGGGUGAGGAGAUAAGAUAGUGUUCACAUGUCUUAAUUUUAAGCAGUAGGUGUCAUGUAGACCUGGGUGAUAUUUCUGCCACAGUGAUCUGUGGCUGGGCCUUUGUUUCUGCUUCAACAAUGCCCCCAUGUGGACGGGAUGUGCAAGUGUCUGCUGCGCCAGAGUCAAAUCUUAAUGUCAAAUACACAAAGAGAUGUGUUUUUGGAACGUGAAGGAGCUGAUGGCUCAGUGGUAAGGAUCUCACCCCAUAAGCAUGGGGUUGUAGGUAUGAUUCCUGACAAAGCCUGGAGGACUGUGACAAUUGCUGGGCGUUUCCCCUCCUGUGAACAGCAGAAGUUACGGAGGAAAACCAAUGGAAAAAGUAGACCUGUAGGUUUUUGAAAACUAAGGGUUGUCUACGUAUGACCCUCAACACAUCCUGAUCCAGAGCUGUGACUGGGGUUUGAACCUACAACCCUGAACAUACGGGGUGAGCUCUUUACACCAGAGUCACAGACUCCUUCACACCUCUAACUGUUUUCUUUGUCAUUUUCACAUUGAGAAUUGCUGAAAUUUCCACCAAAUCAAACCCAAGAUUUGAACCCAUAACCUCUGUGUUUGACGGCAGGAAUUGAACCUCAAAGACUCUCACACUUCUAGCUCUUCUUACUAGGAUCCAAAUAGUUAAACACAUGCCUUCUCUCAACUAAUGAUUUAGUAUGAUCGUUUGUAUUCUAAAUGAACUUGUAUGACACAGCCAUGACCAACUUCUGGAGUUGGUUUUAUGAUUUUCUAAACAAUGACACUUUCAAAUGUAUUAAUUAUCGUAGCACUUGAUAGACAAGUCAUUCUGAUUUGAUCCCAUGAUUAUGUCAAACUGAACCUCAACUCAAACUUGACAUUUAAUGCAGAAUUUUUGUUGGUCUGUUCAAGAUUAUGGGCUUGAUUCAAUCCGUUGCGCUGAAGAGCUGCUGUGUAGCGUGAUUUACAUUGUCACCUGACCCCCUUUACGUUACAACUUUAUUCUAAAAUGUAUAAAAAAAAUGUAAUCCCUCAUCAAUUUACAUGCAAUACCCCAUAAUGACAAAGCAAAAACCAUUAAAAAAAAGUUUUGCAAAUUUAUUACAAAUAAAAAAUGAAAUAUGACAUUUACAAAAGUAUUCAGACCCUUUACUCAGUACUUUGUUGAAGCACCUUUGGCAGCGAUUACAGCGAUGAGUCUUCUUGGGUAUGACGAUACAAGCUUGGUACACCUGUAUUUGGGGAGUUUCUCCCAUUCUUCUCUGCUUGAGAGGACCUGCAAUGCCAGAGAUGUUUUAUUUUAUUGAACCUUUAUUUAACCUUUAUUUAACCAGGAAAAGCCCAUUGAGACCGAGUCUCUUUUUCAAGGGAAAGCUGGCCAAGAAGGCAGCAACAAUCAAUACAUUACAGAAUUAAAACAUACAACAACAUGAUCCAGCCUAAAAAAAGCAUUUACACUCCUCCGUAACAGUCUCCCAUCAAUAUUUUUUAAUUCAUUCAGUGGCACUAACAUAUCUAGAUGAAGCAUGGAUUGUAGAUUAUUCCAUGAUGUUCAAGUCCGGGCUCUGACUGGGUCACACAAGGACAUUCAGAGACUUGUCCCGAAGCCACUACUGCGUUGUCUUGGCAGUGUGCUUAGGGUCGUUGUCCUGUUGGAAGGUGAACCGUUGCCCCAGUCUGAGGUCCUGAGCGCUCUGGAGCAGGUUUUCAUCAAGGAUCUCUCUGUACUUUUCUCCGUUCAUCUUUCCCUCGAUCCUGACUAGUCUCCCAGUCUCUGCCGCUGAAAAACAUCCCCACAGCAUGAUGCUGCCACCACCAUGCUUCACCGUAGGGGUGGUGCCAGGUAUCACCGUAGGGAUGGUGCCAGGUAUCACCGUAGGGAUGGUGCCAGGUUUCCUCCAGGCGUGACGCUUGGCAUUCAGGCCAGAGUUCAAUCUUGGUUUCAUCAGACCAGAGAAUCUUGUUUCUCAUGCUCUGAGAGUCCUUUAGGUGCCCUUUUGAAAUAUUUAGGACUAACGUCUUGUUUCUCAUGGUCUUUAGGUGCCCUUUUGAAAUAUUUACGACUAACGUCUUGUUUCUCAUGGUCUGGGUCCUUUUGGCAAACUCCAAGCGGGCGGUCAUGGGUCUUUAUACUGAGGAGUGGCUUCCAUCUGGCCACUCUACCAUAAAGGUCUGAUUGGUGGAGUGCUGUAGAGAUGGUUGUCCUUCUAGAAAGUUUCCCUUCUCCACAGUGGAACUCACCUCCUGACCAAAGUCCUUCUCCCUCGAUUGCUCAGUUUGGCCGGGCGGCCAGCUCUAGGAAGUCUUGGUGGUUCCAAACUUCUUCCAUUUAAGAAUGAUGGAGGCCACUGUGUUCUUGGGGACCUUAAAUGCUGCAGACAUUUUUUGGUACCCUUCCCCAGAUCUCGACACAAUCCUGUCUCUGAGCUCUACGGACAAUUCCUUCAACCUCAUGGCUUGGUUUUUGCUCUGACAUGCACUGUCAACUGUGGGACCUUAUAUAGACAGGUGUGUGCCUUUCCAAAUCAUGUCCAAUCAAUUGAAUUUACCACAGUUGGACUCCAAUCAAGUUGUAGAAACAUCAAGGAUGAUCAAUGGAAACAGGAUGCACCUGAGCUCAAUUUUGAGUCUCAUAGCAAAGGGUCUGAAUACUUAUGUAAAUAAUUGUAUAAAUUAGCACCCCAAAAAACUUUUUUCUUUGUCAUUAUGGUUUAUUGUGUGUAGAUUGCUGAGGAAUUGUUUUUAUUUAAUCCAUUUUAGAAUAAGACUGUAACGUAACAAAAUGUAGAAAAAGUCAAGGGGUCUGAAUACUUUCCGAAGGCACUGUAUGCAGACUGCAAACAUUCUUUAAAUGUCAAUCGUGCUAUACAGGGGAUCUUCAGCACUAUGGGUUGAACAUAGCCCUAACAUGCCCUAACAGCAAGUAUCACACUUGAUUUUUAUUAAGAUUAAUAACUUUCUACAGCUCUUUUCUUUUUGUUCCCAUUGGUUCUGUUCAGGCUGAUGUGUAUCCAGACAGACAUUGGUUCUGUUCAGGCUGAUGUGUAUCCAGAUAGACAUUGGUUCUGUUCAGGCUGAUGUGUAUCCAGAUAGACAUUGGUCCUGUUCAGGCUGGUUGCUGAUGUGUAUCCAGAUAGACAUUGGUUCUGUUCAGGCUGAUGUGUAUCCAGACAGACAUUGGUUCUGUUCAGGGUGAUGUGUGUCCAGACAGACAUUGGUUCUGUUCAGGGUGAUGUGUGUCCAGACAGACAUUGGUUCUGUUCAGGCUGAUGUGUUCAGACAGACAUUGGUUCUGUUCAGGCUGAUGUGUUCAGACAGACAUUGGUUCUGUUCAGGCUGAUGUGUAUCCAGACAGACAUUGGUUCUGUUCAGGCUGAUGUGUGUCCAGACAGACAUUGGUUCUGUUCAGGCUGAUGUGUAUCCAGACAGACAUUGGUUCUGUUCAGGCUGAUGUGUAUCCAGACAGACAUUGGUCCUGUUCAGGGUGAUGUGUAUCCAGACAGACAUUGGUCCUGUUCAGGCUGAUGUGUUCAGACAGACAUUGGUUCUGUUCAGGCUGAUGUGUAUCCAGACAGACAUUGGUUCUGUUCAGGCUGAUGUGUGUCCAGACAGACAUUGGUUCUGUUCAGGCUGAUGUGUAUCCAGACAGACAUUGGUUCUGUUCAGGCUGAUGUGUAUCCAGACAGACAUUGGUCCUGUUCAGGCUGGUUGCUGAUGUGUGUCCAGACAGACAUUGGUCCUGUUCAGGGUGAUGUGUGUCCAGACAGACAUUGGUCCUGUUCAGGCUGAUGUGUAUCCAGAUAGACAUUGGUCCUGUUCAGGCUGAUGUGUAUCCAGAUAGACAUUGGUUCUGUUCAGGGUGAUGUGUAUCCAGACAGACAUUGGUCCUGUUCAGGCUGAUGUGUAUCCAGAUAGACAUUGGUCCUGUUCAGGCUGAUGUGUGUCCAGAUAGACAUUGGUCCUGUUCAGGCUGAUGUGUGUCCAGAUAGACAUUGGUUCUGUUCAGGCUGGUUGCUGAUGUGUAUCCAGAUAGACAUUGGUUCUGUUCAGGCUGGUUGCUGAUGAGUAUCCAGAUAGACAUUGGUCCUGUUCAGGCUGAUGUGUGUCCAGAUAGACAUUGGUUCUGUUCAGGGUGAUGUGUAUCCAGAUAGACAUUGGUUCUGUUCAGGCUGGUUGCUGAUGUGUAUCCAGACAGACAUUGGUUCUGUUCAGGCUGGUUGCUGAUGUGUGUCCAGACAUAUUAUGGUUAACAUUAUUUACAUGUCAGUUUAUAUCAAUGAUGAUUCCUAUCAAGAGAUACGAUCCGAGUGUCUCCACAAGGGGUGGUUUGUAUGAAGAAAUGUAAUAUGUUUUAAGUGAAGAAAGUGAUUGGCAAGGAAUUAAUUAUGACUUGCAUCCUAAGAUGGCACCAUAUUCCCUACAUAGUGCACUUCUUUUGAACAUGACCCAUAGGGGUCUGGUCAAAAGUAGUGCACUAUAUAGGGAAUAGGUAUUGGUACACAGCCAUGAUGGAAUCUAAACUGUUGUUCUGCUCAUAUGAUGUAAGGAGGAAGAAACUGAAAGUUGAGUCUGAGUGACACAACAAAGUCCAUUUUUAUUUUCCUUAUAAACACCUAGAACUGAUGAAACA